AUGCCAUUUGGAAUCGCCACAGCACCGGAAGAAUACCAGAGGUGCCAACACGAAGUACUUGAAGGCCUCCAGGGCAUCUAUGUUGUCGCAGAUGACAUCCUCAUCACAGGACAAGGAGAGACAGAAGAAGAAGCACUUCGAGAUCAUGACAGUAAUCUAGUUGCAUUACUGGAGAGGGCAAGACAAGUAAACCUGAAGCUUAACCCAAAGAAGCUGAAACUCAGACUGCCAGAGGUCCCCUACAUAGGUCACCUCCUCACCCCGGGAGGCGUAAAACCAGAUCCCGAGAAGGUCCGUGCAGUACAGGAAAUGCCGCGUCCAGAUGGGAAAAGCAAAGCUGAGAAAAUAAAGGCUGUCCAACGGUUCCUCGGUUUUGUAAACUACUUAGCAAAGUUUGUACCGCAUCUCGCAGAUGAGAGUGAGCAACUAAGACGUCUCACAGACAAAGAAGCAGAGUGGGCGUGGGAACAACACUACCAAGACGCGUUUGACACCACUAUUCAAGUAUCAGACGACGGUCUCAAGAGGAUUCAGAAGGAGACGGAGUGUGAUGAGACGUUGCAACGUCUAAAAGAAACAGUGCUACAAGGCUGGCCUGAGACAAAACAAGAAGCAGAUCCGAGAGUUGCUGAAUAUUGGACAUACCGUGAUGAAAUAAGCGUCUAUAAUGGAGUGCUGUACAAGGGAGAGAGAGUUAUUGUCCCGUCUUCCCUACGGAAAACACUCAUGUCUCGCGUCCAUGCAAGUCAUCAAGGGGAGCAAGCAUGUCUCCGAAGAGCGAGGGAUGCUUUGUUUUGGCCUGGGAUGAGCCAACAGAUCAGAGAUCUCGUAAGCAGCUGUAGCCUCUGCGCAGAUCACGUGCCAGCUCAAACCAAGGAACCAUUGAUGACACCAGAGCUUCCCAAACGCCCCUGGAGUAUCGUUGCGCAAGACCUCUACACUCUCAACGGGAAAGAUUUCCUAAUAACAGUGGAUGCUUACAGUGGAUUCUGGGAAGUUGAUGAACUAACCCAAGCUACAGCUGCCAACGUCAUAAACAAGACUAAACAGCACUUCGCGCGUUACGGAAUACCAGACAGGGUCUACAGCGAUAAUGGUCCACAGUUUGCUAAUGCAGAGUACACCACGUUUGCCUCCAGUUGGAAGUUCGAACACCAGACAUCGUCACCGUACCACAGCCAGUCCAACGGGCUGAUAGAAGCAGCUGUGAAAUCCGCAAAAAACCUGCAGAAGAAGGCGAAUAAAUCGGGGCGAGACGUAUGGAUGAGUUUUCUGGACCAUAGGAAUACGCCAACCGAAGGUAUGGACAGCAGCCCAGUCCAAAGAUUGAUGUCAAAGAGAACGAAGACAACUCUACCGCUAGCACAACAUCUACUCGAACCAGAGCUUCAACAAGAUGUAACAGAAAAGCUAACGCUGAAACGCAAAAAGGCGAAGAAACAUUUUGACAGGGGCUCAAAGGAACUACCGGAGCUAAACAUCGGAAAACCUGUCAGAAUGACCAGCCUCCCAAAAGAAACCAAGAAAUGA